AUGUCCCACCGAAAGUGGCCGUCCUCGCUGUUCCACCGCAAGUCCCGCAAGACACCGCAGCCAGAGCACAAUCUCACCCGACACCCAGGUAGAGAUGAGAUCAACCUGACUUCAGCCGCUGAAGGGCCAAUUCAACCCUCAACUCCAUUCAAAGAACUUCAGAUUCCCCUCCCAGCCGGCGCAUACUCCCGUGACGCCUUCAUGCACGCCCUAACCCAUGAAUUCGACCAAUUCUUCAUUUUCACUCGCGAUGUAACCAUAUCCGGCGAAACCGUCUUGUUUCUGCGCCUCAUCCAGUGCUGGAAGGCCGCUUGGUCGCACCUCCCAGUUAACUGCAGCCGGCACGGUGCUGCUGCUCACUCACAGAGUCAGUUGUUCCGCAAGAUUUUUGCCGUGGCGGUCGAAAUGUACUACGACUUCAUCAACCCGACGACUGCGCUGACUGCGCCUUUGAAUCUUGACUAUGGGCUUGCUAAUGCACUUGAAAACGUGCUUGGGGACGCAGCAGAUACGAUUUCGGCGGGUGUUGAGUUGAAGGGGGUCGUUGUUGCGCCGUUCGCGAACCCGGGGACCGAGGCCUUUGAUGCGUAUCAGACUCUUUUGAGCGUUUGGUGGGACCUGAUUAAAUCGGACCAGGGGCAUGCAGAUGGUGUGGAAAGCUCGCAGGGGAAUCAAUACUCAGAUGGUGGUGUUGGAAAUGCGCGACAGGGUAAUGGCUCUAUUCCCUCAUCGCGAUUGCUCAGCAUGCAGACUAGGGUUUCCGGUACCGCUGUGAUUCCGACAAUGUUUGACAUGGAUAUCUUCAACAGUAUCGAGGAUAAUUUGGCUUUACUGGUCUUUCGUGAAAUUUUCCCGAGAUAUGUCACAUGGCGCGAGUCUCGGGACCGUCAGGAUGAUGAAACGAUUAGUGCUGCUGGUGGAGUUGAUUCUUUGCGUGGGAAGCUGUUCAAGAAGCUGAGCCGUCAUUCUUAA